UUGCCGACGGCUUUCGCGUACGCCGCGCCCGGGACGGCGUGUUUUAACUCGAUGCACCGCGUUUUAGUCGAUGCGAGCGAGUCCGGUCUGGUGAACUACGUUUUAAGACCGGUACUGUUCGAGACGGCGUGCGCGAGAAGAGAUUCGUGCGCUGCGUUCGGGGCGUCUGACGACGCCAACUUGCGCCUGGCCGGAUUCGGUGUCGAGCUCGCGGUGAAAAAUAUGGAGUACAAGGCGAUUGAUGAUAGCAAGGUCAAGGCCGAAGAGGCUGAUGCGGACGACGACGCGUCGGCGCCGCUCGGCGACGAGCUCGCAGACGAGAGCGUGUCGGGAUUUAAUUUCGCUACAUUAGCAAAGAGAUAUCCGAACGAAGUCGAUGGUCUACGCGCAUUUCGCGACGCGAUGGUUGGAAAGUCGGAGCUGACCUCGGAUGCGCCUCUGAAAUUGUGGGAUAUCAAGGAUUUAGGCUUGCAGGCGACGCAGCGCAUCUCGCUCUCCGACGAUCCUCUCCGAGCCCUGGUCGAGCUCUCGCAAAAUUUCCCUUCUUUAGCGAACUCAUUGUCUCGCAUGAAACUGAAUUCGACAAUCGUUAAUGAAGUGACGAAAAAUCGCAAAAACAUGCGUCCCGGAGGGUUGAUCAUGUCGCUCAACGGCGAGAAUUUAGAACUCGACACCAUCGACAUCUACACCUUGACGGAGACCAUAUCAAAGGAGGUACAGCACGCCGCUGCGCUUCGUCGUCUUGGGUUGCCGCAAUCGAGCGUUUCAAGGCUUCUUCGCUUGCCCAAAAAGCAGCGAAGCUCUGAGGUCAAGAUUGACGUGACGAACCCGGCAAUCCUGUUUUACAACGACAUCGAGGCCGACGCGAAGUUCGCUUCGUGGACUAGGAAUUUGAAAACGUUGCUCGAACCUUCGCGAGGCGGAUUUCCGAAAGUGAGGUACAAUCUCUACAAUAUGGCCGUUUUCCUGGAUCCGUCAGACAUGUCGACGUGGGAUAUGGUUGGGAUGAUGUCCCAUUUCUACGAUCACAAAGUACCGGUGCGAAUGGCUCAAGUCGUCGUCACAGGGUUAGAUAACCCUGAUCCCGUCCUCGCUCAGACGUUUGCGAAGCAAACGGACCUAGUUUUCGGACGUCGCGUUGCACGUGCCGCAAAUUACUUAUUGCGCGAAUAUGGGCCUGUCGCACAGCACAAUUUCAUGUCUUACGUAGCGCAAAGUCGUACGGAAGAAAGACCACCGUCGUACUUCGCGCCCGCGGUAUAUUCUCCGCCGUCUUGGGAAGGUGCGAUGGAUGCGUUCGAGAAAACACUGUCAGAAUUUGCCGAUGAUCUCGAAUUUGAUGCGGUGACGUUGCUCGAAGAGUUCGCAUCUCGUUCGUCAACGAGCAUCGACAAGUACAUCGACGAAGUCCGCGCCGCCGUGAAGGCGAAAGGCUUGAUGACACAGUCGUUCGUAUUGAACGGUGUGUACGUCGAUGAAUCGCAAGGUAUGGCGUAUCGCGCAUCGUUGGAGCAAAUGGUAUCGCACCACUUGCGCCAGGAGAUGGAGAAAGUUCGAAGACUCGUU